AUGAGCAUCUCCAGCUCCAUGGUCUUGGCACUGAGGAUGAAAAUAAAGGAAGUGAAGAAGGAAAAUGGUGACAAGAAGAUCAUCCCCAAAAAGAAGAAGCCCCUAAAGCUGGGACCCAUCAACAAGAAGGAACUGAAGAAGCUCGUCUUGUACCUGAAGAACGGGGCCGACUGCCCCUGCCACCAGCUGGACAACCUCAGCCACCAUUUUCUCAUCAUGGGCCGGAAAGUGAAGAGCCAGUACUUGCUGACAGCCAUCCACAAGUGGGACAAGAAAAACAAGGAAUUCAAAAACUUCAUGAAGAAAAUGAAAAAUCAUGAAUGUCCGACUUUUCAGUCGGUCUUUAAGUGA